AUGGAUACAUUGAUUGUUGAUGUACCUAUCGAAAGUGAAAAAUUUCGUAAUUUAUAUUCACCAAUAUUUUCUUCAAAAAUUUCCAAUAAUUUUUUAAAUCAAAAUAACAUGAAAAUAAUCGCAUGUAAAGCAAUCAACAAUAUUCGUCUUGAGAAUAAGUUCAAGAAAUGUCAGUCGAAAUUGGAGAGCAAUGGCGAGCCUUCCGAUGUAUCAUUUGCUUUUUUUCUAACAGAUAGCAUUCGCGAGGCGGAAUUAUAUGCGGAACAUGGUUUAAAUACACCGAAUAAUUUUAUAGGCGAUUUAGGCGAUGCAACAAAGGGUGUUUAUCUAAACGAAAAUCCAGAUUUGGUAACGCCUGGACAAUUCCCACAUGAUGCACCAGUUAUAAUUUUGGCCUGCAAGAUUCUUAAAGGGCGUUCAAAGGUCGUCCAGCUCAGUUCUUUUCGAACAGAACCAUCAGCUGGUUGCCAUUCUCAUAUUGCCUUACCACCUCAUGAUCAUAAGUUGAAUCGACAUGAUUCUUAUCGAUAUAAUCAAAUUUAUUUGUUCAAUCGUCUAAAAAAUGGGUUUUCUCGCGUACCCUCCAACGUUCUUCCUUUUGCGAUAUAUGAAAUUAUUUUCUCCAAGAAAAAUUUAAAUCAGCCUCCUAGAACGAAUAUUGUAUGGGAAGGUGAUUUAAAAAUUGGCGAAUGUGUUUGCGAAAAAGUUCAGCUUGCCUCUCAUACAGCUUGUCUUAAGCCACCAUUUUUAGAAAAAGUAUUUGAAAUAAGCGAUCUUGUUUCGUGGGAAAAUUGCAUAGGAUUUGAUCCUAUUCUUAAAUUAUUGAAACCUACAUUGGUUGGAGAAAUUUCCGUUAAGAAAGAGGUGGCUAUUCCUGAUUGUAAUUUAUUCGCAAAUUAUUAUUUUCUGCAAAUGAAAGCAGAAGGAAAUAUUCGCUUCAUGUCUUUGCUCAAAUCAAUGCGCGUUAAACAUGCAGUUGGCAUAAGUAUUUUACCUGGCGGAGGAAUCAUAUUUCUCAUUCCUAAUGGCCAAUUUAGCUCGCUUUUAACUUUACCUAUAAAAGCAGAUACUUUUCAUUGUAUUUAUUUCUCCACAAUAUCUCUUGUUUUUGGAGCUUUUGAAAUUUCUACACCUGCUGAAGACAAUGAAUUUCAUCGGCUUCCUGUUCUGGAGGAAAAAAUAACAGGAUUAAGUGAUCAACUUCAAAAUUUUGCCCGACGUAUGGCGAAAUUUCUGCAUUCAGAAGAACCAACAAUUUGUAAGAUAUGGGAACAGUCAUUUGAAUCUGGACCGAACGAUUCCGUCGAUGUAGAGGUUCCAUGCAUUAAAACAAAAGUGGAAGACAAAAGUGAAGUUCAGUUGAGACCGGGUGAUUCUGUUGCGUCUACCAAUAACGUCUCAGCCAAUUCAUUGAAAGUGACUCAUAAUAUAGAUAUGAAUAUUAAUAAUUCCUUACCCAAGUUAUAUUCGGAAAUACGUGAUCCUAGAAUACGUCCUCGGGCAGUAUUGAAUGCAAAUCAAAAUGCUCCAUCUGUUUCUACUCCUGAUAUACUGAAUAACAUACAAUCUGAUUUGAAAAAUAGUAAUCCAUUGGCAGAAACAUCUGAAGCGAUAAAAGAGGAUCUCCGAAGCACAGAUGUGCCUGGAGAAAAAUCUGUAGAGGAACGAUGUUAUUCGCCAUCAAAUCCUACGAAUGAAACGGAUGACUCAUCGAGAUGUUAUUCACCUUCAGAUAUAUUAACGAGAAGCCCAUCUCCAUCACCCAUUAUUUCUCAUAUUGUUUGUGGAAUUGAGACACAAGGAGGUUCUAAGACAGAUAUGGUGGAUGAAGAUAGUGAUUCCGAAGGCGGCCUGAUUAUUUCUCCGGCCAGUCCACCACCGCAAGAUAAGAAUGUUUAUAUAGCAGCGCCUGCUCCAAAAAUUAUUUCUGCUGAUGAUUUAAGGAAUACACAAGAAAAUUCAUUCAAUUCAUCAAAUUAUACUUAUAAACCGUUGGAAAUACCGCGCUUCCCAAGGUUCUCAAACACCGAAGCCGCGAAAAAUUUUCAGCUAUCAGAGGAGGCUGUUCGAAAAUUAUCAGAAAUAAAAGCAUUGGCUGGUUUGAGUUUUCUUAAGUCACCAACAAAAGAAACGGAAAUUGGUCAAUCAUUAUCUCACGAUGAAGCUGUAAAAGGCAAAGAUGAAAAAAUUGAUGAAGUUCCUUGUAUUCAAUCUCCCGAUCCCAGUUUUUCGAGCACAGCUCCUGAAUCGAAUGCCAUUCAGGAAAGCUCAUUUCAUGAUAGAAGAGAAGAUUCGAAAGCUUGUGGAUCGGUAUUAUCCGGCAACUUGUCAGAAGCAGAUAUCAGUCAUCCAUGUAGCAGUAAUACUUCAAGGCGAAGCCGAUGGGAUAUUCGUCCACCUUUAAUAUCGAAUAAUGGUGACAUCGACAUGCGAAAUCACGUAUUCCGUGCGCCUGGUAUCGAAUAUUGCCCACGAGUUGAAUCACGGGCUGCUCCUUUAAUACCUUCAACUUUUGCUUCUGCAAUCACUGUCAGACCGUUUACUUCAUCAAAUGGUGAUACUGAUCAUCGUAUAUAUUACGCAACUGUACCUGCAGCUGCAGGUCGUUCAGAUUUAAUUAGAUCUGGGUCAAGACAAAAUGCGCCGAAUACUCUGCCAUUCCGGUUGCAUUCUCCACUUUUUAGUUCACGGCCGAAUAAUGCUGCAUCAUCAUUUUCGAUUCGAAAUCCUAGAUCAAUUCGUCAUACCAUACCAGCGAGAUCUGAUUUUCCUGGUCCCAGCAAUGCCGUAUUAAAUAUACCUCAUGGUUACUGUGGGACAUCUCAGCACUUAGGUCUGCAAAAGGUCGAUUUUGUAGACAUACCUCCUCCAUUAUUCCCAUCAAAACCAACGAAUUUAUCAAUGCAGGGCGUCGUUAUCCCCGAUGAAAAUCUAUUCAAAGAUGCCUUAAUGUAA